AUGACAGGGAGAUGGCAAACGGGGUUGGAACGUCGGCCGGGCACGCCGCUAAACUUCCAGCGGGAGGCGAUCAAUGGCUGUCAGGACGAGUUGACACCUCUGUUUACCCCGGUGCUGGAAACCACUGUCUCCCACCACGCUCCCAGUGUGCCCAUGACAAUAGCCGGCAUGGUGGAGGGGCAGCCGGAGGUGCCAGAGUUCACAGAGAUUAACAAUCCUGGGGAUGGAUUAGCUGGCGGAGCGAUUUCAAACAUGCAACACAAGCUGCACGUCAUCGGACCCACGGAGCCAUGGUCAGUGAGGGAGAAGCUGUGUUUGGCCACAUCUGUCAUGAAGAGCGGACACCAGAACUGGGUAUCUGUCAGUCGAGCCAUCAAACCAUUUGCAGAACCUGGGCGGCCACCUGACUGGUUCUCUCAGAAGCACUGCGCCUCAAAGUACUCUGAGCUCCUGGAAGCAACAGAUGCCCCAAAGAGGAAGCGUGGCGAGAAAGGUGAAGUGGUGGAGACGGUGGAAGAUGUGAUCGUGCGCAGGCUGACCACCGACAGGAUCGAUGAACUCAAAAAGCGAAUCAAAGAAACUCAGGACAAGCACAGGAAGCUGAAGCGAGAGGCUGAGCUGAUUAAAGCAGGACAUCUAGAUUCCAAACUAGAAGAGCUAUGGGAGGGAAUACGGCAGAAGAAGAGAGCGGAGGAGGAAGAAGCCGAGUGGAAAAGAAAAAACACAGAUGCUGCUUUUCAGGCCAGAAAGGUGGCAAAGGGCACAACCAAGCGAGUGCCCGACGUGUAUUCGCCCUCAGGCGGCGGCUCCCCGAGCCAGGAGUUCUCACCAGGCCCCCCCCUCGAGAGCUUGACACUGGAUCUUGGAUCUAUUAAGAAUGCUUCGGGAUCGUCCAGGUUCAUGACAUUUUCGGAGUCUUCUGGACUUGCUAUUGAAGACAUCAACCAGGCGUCACUUCUGGACGACCUCGCCCAAAAGAAGCUUUUGUGCCAGAAGGCCACACCACCACCGUCUCCACUCUUGUCAGAGUUACUGAAGAAAGGAAACAUCUUGGCCUCUAAUUCCAGACUGAUCAGUGAUGGUGACCUGUCCUCUGGUAACCUGAUCGCAGCACAUGACUUGCAGCUGGCUCUGCCGAGUCAACCUCUCUCUCAGGCAACAGGUGCCCCCAUGUUGUCCCGUCUCUUGGAGGCGGGUCCCACGCAGUUAUCUGCUCCGUUAAGUUUCAUGGUCGGUACCAACUCAGUCUCCAGCACUCCUCUCACGGCUUCCUCUCUUCUUCCUGUUGACUCCACUGCCUCAGCGAGUACAGAGGAUAAAGUGUCAGGUCUCUGUGAGGAAGACGAGACAGUCUCCUACAUGGGAGAUGAGCUGGACCUCAAGACUGUGGGGGACAUUAUUGCAAUCAUUGAAGACAAGGCCGAUGAGGCUGCUGAUGCUCUGGAUGCCGCUGCAGUGGAGGCUGCCCUGUCCCUGUGCGAGGAGAAUGGCCAUGCACUGGUGUCUGGUGCCUGGGAAGCUGGGCCUUUCCAACCCCAUGACUCUCACCACAUAGUGCCCACAGGGGUUCCACAGGCAUCAUCUCUUCUCUGUAGCCUGGGGGGGAAGACAGACGUGUCAGAAGUCCAAGAUGAGACCUCAGCUUCACUCUCUUCUCUGUGCCACAGUCAAAAUCACUGUCUCGCAGUGUUCCCCAUGGGAUUAAGGAGGGUUCCUAUCAGCUGCUCGUCCUCAUUCAACUCGAGAGGUUUGGAGCACUGCGCCACCGGAGCAGCUCCACGGCCUGAGGCCAUGAGAGAAACUGGAAAGGUGAUGAAGGCAGAGAAUGGAAUCAGUUUCGGGCGAGGAGAGAAUGCCUCAAGCUCCAGAGUGGACAAUGAGAUCAACGGGCCAGAAGCGGGCGAGGAGGAGGAGGGCGACGGGGUGGAGGGAUUCGUGUCAGAGCCGGACGGCGACAUGGAUCUCGAGCCCGCGGCCAGUGAGAGUGAGGACGGAUACAGCCUCCACACGGCGUCCUCAUCCCUCCAGCUCCACACGACCGCAGACUCCAUCCCCAGCAGCCCGGCCUCAUCGCAGUUUUCUGUGUGCAGCGAGGACUUAGAAGCUCUACAGGCUCACAAAAUCUGGAAGAAAGCCAUUAUGCUGGUGUGGCGUGCAGCAGCCAAUCACAGGUACGCUAAUGUCUUCCUGCAGCCAGUAACCGACGAUAUUGCACCUGGAUAUCACAGUAUCGUGCAAAGGCCCAUGGACUUGGCCACCAUCAAAAAGAACAUAGAGAAUGGUUUGAUCCGGACGACCGCCGAGUUCCAGAGGGACAUCAUGCUGAUGUUUCAGAACGCUGUCAUGUACAACAGCAUGGAUCACGACGUGUACCACAUGGCACUGGAGAUGCAGCGUGACGUCCUGGAGCAGAUUCAGCAGUUCCUAGCCACCCAGCUCAUCAUGGAGACGUCCGAGGCCGGCAUCAGCGCCAAGAGUCUGAGGGGCCGUGAGAGCACACGCAAACAGGACUCGACUGACAAGGACGCUGUCUCCAUGUCUUCUCCUGCCUUCCUCCUUUCUCUUUUUGAUGGAGGCACCAGGGGGCGCCGGUGUGCCAUAGAAGCUGACCUCAAGAUGAAGAAAUGA